AUGUCAAGCACCAUUUCAAAGCUAACAGACCACAAAGUUUUGAUUUUCGACGUCUAUGGCACCCUUGUGGAUUGGGAAUCGGGUCUAUACGACGCGCUCCAGCCCCUUCUUUCACAAUUUCCAGCAUCGAGGCACUGGUCUCGCAAAGAGGCCUUGACAACUUUCAUAUCGGUCGAGGGUGACCUUCAAGCACAAUACCCCGACAUGUUAUAUUCCCAGCUCCUUGCCAAGCCUUGGCACACGAAGUCCUUGAAGAAAGGCUCAAAGCCAAUGGCGCAUCGACGUUAUUUGGCCCAUGCCGCCCUUCGCGUCCUCGCUGAACAUUUCAAGCUUGUUGUCCUUUCCAACGUCGACCGCACCUCUUUCCGACACACGCAUGCCCUUCUCUCCGAAGGCAUCGGCUCCAACCCCGACAUAGCGCUGUACACCUACCCCGACGACAAGCCACAUAAGUUCUGGCAUCCCCAAGCCACCAUGGGAUCUCAAUCUCCCUUUACUCUCAUUCUCACUGCGCAGGAUACCGGGUGUUAUAAACCGGACCUAGGGGGGUUCAACGCUGCAUUGGAGUAUAUUCGUUCAAAUCCUGCUUUAUUUGGAGAUCUUGGCCAAGAGGACGUACGUCCCUUUGUUCUGUCCGUCGCGCAGAGCUUGCAGCAUGAUCAUGUUGCGGCCCGUCGCCUAGGGAUGCAGAGCGUGUGGAUUGAUAGACAGAGCGCGGUGACUUGCAAUGAGCUUCCCAGGGAUUCUGAGGAAAUGCAAUGUUGGAUUUUGCGUUUUGAGACACUCGGAGAAAUGGCGGACGCUGUGAAGCAGGCUUCUAGGGUCGAACAACCAGUUGACGACCCCGCCAUCGCGUGA